AUGCGGACCGCAACGUUUCUUCUGCUCCCAUUUUUGGUUGCUCUGGCGGCGGCGGCGAAAUCCAAGGACUGCUUUUGCGGACAGGGAAACACGCCGGAAAUAGAGACUAGAAUCAUAAAUGGAGCUUACGUUUCUCCGCACGCCUAUCCGUGGCUCGUGUACCUCAAGUACCAGGACAAACCGUACUGCGGAGGAUCGCUCAUCAACGAUCGCUUCAUAUUGACUGCAGCGCAUUGCGUUUUCGGAUUAAACCAAGAGAGGAUUGUCGCGGUUCUCGGCGCGGAUGCUCUUAAAGACGACAAGGAUCUUUCGCUGAAAGCGAAAGACGUUGCCAUUCAUCCGGAUUACAUCAGAUACUCGAGCUACGAUCAGAACGAUUUGGCUUUAAUCGAGUUGGAGAAACCGGUCACGAUGUCCGAGAAGAUCUUACCGAUUUGCCUAACUAAAGCCGGCGUCGAUUACACCAACGUCAAUGCAAUCGUGGCGGGCUGGGGAAUGACCGAGAACAAAACGGUUGCAUCGAAAUUGAUGGAGGCGCACAUCAGGGUGACGAGCGACGAAGUCUGCAGGAAAUCGCAGAUCGGCAGGAAAUUCGUGCAGGAGUACAACUUGUGCGCUUACGGUUACAAGCAGGACUCGUGCCAGGGCGACAGCGGAUCGGCGAUCUUCAUGGAAUCCAGCCCAUUGCAAUACACCCAAAUCGGAGUCGUUUCUUGGGGUGAGGGCUGCGCUUCUCCCAAAGUGCCAAGCGCUUACGUGAGACUCGGCAAUUACUUGGAUUGGAUCAUGAAAGUCACAGACAAGGCUGUUUACUGUCAACAUCCCAAUUGAUUGUUUCAGACUGUUUAAAACAAAACAAAUAUAAUA